AUGCUCGAAUCAUUGCACAAGUCGACUGAUUUUCAAGGCUAUUUUGAAUCUUGUGCACCAAAAUUUUGCACUUAUUCCUAUCCACAACGAUUCAGUCUUCCCUACAUUAUGACAACUCUUAUUAGCAUUACUGGUGGACUAAAUAUUGUAGUACGCAUUCUUUCGUCAUGGAUCGUUAAGUUUCUAAUUAGAAAGAAACAGUUAAUAGUCGCCAAAGAAAUCGAUGAAUCGAAUUCAGAUAUUAAUCUAAAUAAGCAAAGUAUAAAAAUGCGCGUUAAUAAACUCUUCGUUGAAGCUCGAAAUUCAUUGAUAACACUCAAUUUGUUUAAAAAGACACUGGUAGAUAUUCGCCAUGGAAUUUAUUCAACUCGUAUCUAUAUCAUUUUGCUAACUGCAGGUGCCAUUAUUAUGACUGUUUAUUCGACAAUAGUUCGAACUUCAACAAGUAUCAUCGUGCAGAAUCCAACACUGCUGCAGUUCGAGAAGCUUUAUCAACAAUAUCCGUCAACAUUAUCAUGUCCAUGUCAAAAUCUCUCGGUGAUGCAUUCAAGUAUCAUGACCAUUUGGCCUCGUUACCAUCAAGUAUGUUCGAGUAAAUUUGUUCAAAACGAUGGUUGGCUCAAAUAUUGGCCUAUGAUUUUGAUUGAGCCAAAUAACACGAAUAGUCGAGAUUUUCCGUCAAACGACUUUCGUGUGACUGGUCAGGCGUUUUUUCAACAACUUCAAACAUUUUGUGCUUUGGCUACUGAGAUAUUAGCAAAUGCAGUGGAAACAUUCAACCGAACAAACUUUGUGAGCGCAAAACCACUAGCGAAAGCUGAUUUCAAUUCACAAGCAUUGGCUAUAUUCACACAAUUUAAACAACAGGUCAGUGUUUAG